AUUCCCCAGCUCGCGGCGGGGAGGGGGAAGAAGAGGCCCCGCGGUGUCCGACCCGACGUGUUUCCCGCUGGAGUUCCGUAGCCGUCUGGGUUCCGCCCGGGUCCGGAUUCUACGCGGCGGGGGGACAAGAUGCUCAAGUCCAAGACGUUCUUAAAGAAGACCCGCGCGGGCGGCGUGGUGAAGAUCGUGCGCGAGCACUACCUGCGGGAUGACAUCGGCUGCGGGGCCCCGGCCUGCGCGGCCUGCGACGGGGCGCACCCGGGCCCGGCCCUGGAGUCGCAGCCCCGCGACCAGGCGAGCAGCCUCUGCCCGUGGCCGCACUACCUCCUGCCGGACACCAACGUGCUGCUGCACCAGAUUGAUGUCCUGGAGGACCCUGCUAUCAGGAAUGUAAUUGUGCUACAGACAGUCCUGCAGGAAGUGAGAAACCGGAGUGCCCCUAUAUAUAAACGAAUCAGGGAUGUGACGAAUAACCAGGAGAAGCAUUUCUAUACGUUCACUAAUGAGCACCAUAAAGAGACCUACAUAGAGCAAGAGCAGGGAGAGAAUGCUAAUGACAGAAAUGAUAGAGCCAUCCGAGUAGCAGCCAAAUGGUACAACGAACAUCUGAAGAAAAUGUCGGCAGAAAGUCAGCUACAAGUUAUCCUUAUCACAAAUGACAAGAAAAACAAAGAAAAAGCUGUAGAAGAAGGAAUACCAGCUUUCACAUGUGAAGAAUAUGUAAAGAGCCUGACUGCUAACCCUGAACUUAUAGAUCGUCUUGCUUGUUUGUCUGAAGAAAUGAAUGAAAUAGAAAGUGGAAAAAUAAUAUUUUCAGAGCACCUUCCCUUAAGUAAGCUCCAACAAGGCAUAAAAUCUGGUUCAUACCUUCAAGGAACAUUUAGAGCUAGCAGGGAAAAUUAUUUAGAAGCUACGGUGUGGAUUCAUGGAGACAAAGAUGAUGAAAAAGAGAUACUUAUACAAGGACUUAAACAUCUAAACAGAGCUAUUCAUGAAGACAUUGUGGCUGUGGAGCUUCUGCCCAAGAGUCAGUGGGUGGCACCUUCUUCUGUGGUUUUACAAGAUGAAGGUCAAAAUGAAGAUGAUGUGGAGAAAGAUGAGGAGAGAGAACUCAUGCUUAAGACUGCUGUAAGUGAAAAAAUGUUACGGCCUACCGGUCGAGUUGUAGGAAUCAUCAAAAGGAACUGGAGACCGUAUUGUGGCAUGCUGUCCAAGUCUGACAUUAAGGAGUCAAGAAGACAUCUCUUUACACCUGCUGAUAAGAGAAUUCCACGAAUUCGGAUAGAAACCAGACAGGCUUCUGCAUUAGAAGGACGGAGAAUUAUUGUCGCUAUUGAUGGUUGGCCUAGAAAUUCUAGAUAUCCAAAUGGACACUUUGUUAAAAAUUUAGGUGAUGUUGGCGAGAAAGAGACAGAAACGGAAGUUUUGUUGCUUGAGCACGAUGUUCCUCACCAGCCUUUCUCCCAGGCUGUCCUUAGCUUCCUGCCUAAGAUGCCGUGGAGCAUUACUGAGAAGGACAUGAAAAACCGAGAAGACCUGAGACAUCUGUGUGUUUGCAGUGUAGACCCUCCAGGAUGUACUGAUAUAGAUGAUGCCCUGCAUUGUAGAGAACUCAGUAAUGGAAAUUUGGAGGUUGGUGUUCAUAUUGCUGAUGUUAGCCAUUUUAUCAGGCCAGGAAAUGCACUGGAUCAAGAAUCAGCCAGAAGAGGAACAACUGUUUAUCUUUGUGAAAAGAGGAUUGACAUGGUUCCAGAGUUGCUUAGCUCAAACUUAUGUUCCUUAAGAUCCAACGUUGACAGGUUGGCAUUUUCCUGUAUUUGGGAAAUGAAUCAUAAUGCUGAAAUCUUAAAAACAAGAUUUACCAAAAGUGUAAUUAAUUCAAAGGCUUCUCUUACGUAUGCUGAAGCACAGAUGAGAAUUGAUUCAGCAGCUAUGAACGAUGAUAUCACCACUAGUCUCCGUGGAUUAAAUAAACUAGCUAAAAUUCUAAAAAAAGGAAGGAUUGAAAAGGGGGCUUUGACUCUGUCUUCUCCAGAAGUUCGAUUCCACAUGGACAGUGAAACUCACGAUCCAAUAGAUCUACAGACCAAGGAGCUGAGAGAAACAAAUUCCAUGGUGGAAGAAUUUAUGUUACUUGCAAAUAUUUCUGUUGCAAAAAAGAUUCACGAAGAAUUUUCUGAACAUGCUCUGCUUCGAAAACAUCCAGCUCCACCUCCCUCCAAUUAUGAGAUUCUUGUUAAGGCAGCCAAGUCCAAGAAUUUGGAAAUUAAGACUGACACAGCUAAGUCUUUGGCUGACUCUUUGGACCGGGCUGAAUCCCCUGAUUUCCCAUACCUGAACACUCUUUUAAGGAUAUUGGCCACUCGCUGUAUGAUGCAAGCUGUCUACUUCUGUUCUGGGAUGGACAAUGACUUUCAUCACUAUGGCUUAGCCUCCCCAAUAUACACACAUUUCACUUCUCCCAUUAGAAGAUAUGCAGACAUAAUUGUUCAUCGGCUGUUGGCUGUGGCUAUUGGGGCUGAUAGUACUUAUCCAGAGCUGACAGAUAAACACAAGCUUUCAGAUAUAUGUAAAAAUCUCAAUUUCCGGCAUAAAAUGGCUCAGUAUGCUCAGCGUGCAUCAGUAACUUUUCAUACCCAGUUGUUUUUCAAAAGCAAAGGAAUAGUAAGUGAAGAAGCCUAUAUUCUCUUUGUAAGAAAGAAUGCAAUUGUGGUGUUAAUUCCAAAGUAUGGCUUAGAAGGUACAGUUUUUUUUGAAGAAAAAGAUAAACCAAAGCCACGGCUUACUUAUGAUGAUGAGAUACCUUCACUCAGAAUAGAAGGUACAGUGUUCCAUGUGUUUGAUAAAGUUAAAGUGAAAAUCACAUUAGAUUCAUCAAAUCUUCAACAUCAAAAAAUCCGCAUGGCCCUUGUAGAACCACAGAUACCAGGAAUAAAUACUCCUCCUGAUGUUUCCGACACGGAUCUCAGUGGGCCAGGGGGGAAGAAGAGGAAACUUGAGAAGUAGCUACGUGCAACAGAAAACAUCCAAGACGGAUUACCUUCAACAACAAAACUGCAAGCACACUUAGAAGCUCGUGUGCUUGUUAGUUACUUUUAAGUACAUUUCAAUAAUUUUAAGAAAUUUGCAUUUUUAUUGAGUUGCUGACUGAAUCUGUCUUACACUGUGCUUCAGCAACAACACAAAUUAUGCAGAAAAAUUCAUUUGAAUAUCCAUCACUUAAAUGGCAACAGAAUAGCGACCUCAGGGAUCGGUGAUGAUCAUUUAAAUGGAGUACUCAUCUGCUCAUUGAAGAGCAGAUUAAUUUUAUAUUAGUACUUUAUUGACUAUGGGGGAAAACUGUCAAUUUCUGAGGAAAAUAACAUUUUAGAAUCAAAGAGCAAGCCUUUCUAAAUCUUGAGCUGUCAGUGUAUUUGAUCUUUUUACCAAUUUAAUUUCCCUAUUUGCAGCACUGUGUUCACAUGUAUUUUCAAAAGCCUCCUGUACUUUACUAAUGGUCCUCAAACAAUUGUGAAUGUUUGGGGAUGAUAAGAAAACAAAAUCUCAGGUAUCUUGACCUGAAUGGGAACAUUGUGAGUUUUGUUAAAAGGUGGUAAGUUCAGUCAUCAUUAUCCUUAAUCUCUGUUGCCAAUGUUUCUCUCAAACAAGGCAUUACCCCUCAGAGGAAAAACCGAUGUGGAAAUGUCUGCUUUCUUACAAAAACAGAUAAUGGCCUUUGAAUUUUAAUUAUAUCCAAUUAUAUAGGAAAGGAGGGAUUGUAUUAAAGACAUCAAAAGGA